AUGCUCCGUUCUCUCUCCUAAUUACGGAAUUGUAAGUUUUCUCGCUGCCGUCUUUAACACCGUCAAUUUCACCGCCGACCCAAACCUUGUGGGCUCAAGAAAUUCUCGCUCAGCUCUAGUUGUUAUCCGGAGAUAUUACCAUAUUCUGUCCGGCUUCAGACAAAUACAAAUCGGGUUCUAUUUCUAUAUCUUGUCUUCAGCUUUCUUUGUUGCAAUAGAUGUCAAUUGGAACAGUAUCUGCAAGAGAUGUCAAUUGAAGAAGAAGAGGAUAAACCUCUGGUUUUAUCUAACCUUCCUCAGUUUUACUCUUCUGAAAGAAACGUACGAAGCUUAAUUGGUCGUUUUCUAAACCCUGACUAUCAACGUAUGUCUAAUUGGAUUUUAGAGAUGCCAAGGAUUUGGAGAUUAUAUAAUAGAGUCAGAGGUGUUGCCUUAUCAAGAGAUCGUUUUCAAUUCAUUUUCAAAUAUGAUGAGGAUAUAAAUGAAAUAUUGAAGACUGGGGUGUGGACUCAAGAUGAUUGGGGAGUUGUCAUGGAAAGAUGGGUAGCAGACCCUCCUGCAAAUUAUCUGAUGUUUCUACCUGUAUGGAUUAGACUCCGUAAUUUACCAGUGAAUCAUUAUACGAAGGAUACUAUUGGAGAAAUUGCUGGUUGUGUUGGUCAAGUUCUAGAGUUGCCUUUUGAUGAGAAGGAGGCUCAAAGCAAGGACUAUGUUCGGGUCAGGAUCUUACUUGAUGUUUCAAAGGGGCUGAAGAACUUCAAAGAACUUCAACUUCCAAACGGAUCACUUGUCAAGAUUGGUAUUGAUUAUGAGAGAGUUCGCAAAAGAUGUUUUCAGUGCCAACGGUUGACUCAUGAUAAGAGUAGAUGUCCUUUUGCUCAGUUAGAUAUUACAGCUAGAGAUUGUUCAUCAACGAAUUUACUAGCUGAGGCAAUCACUUCUGAUGUGCGGGAUCCGAAGAUUUUGAGCCUUAAAAUUCCUCAGCAAAGCGCAUCUCAAGAUCUUACAAGGGUUUUCAUUAAAGGCAAGGGGAUAGAUCUUCAUGAUAAAGAUAUUUUAACUGCAGAAUGUUCCUCACCAAAACUUUUAGCUGAUGCAAUCAAAGCUAAUGUGAUGAAUCAGAAGAUCUCGAGCUUUGAAGCUCCUCCUCAAAGCUUGCCUCAAGGUAAUUCUUUUUAUUGCUCUCCUUCAGCCUUAUACUCGAGUGGUUUAGAGGCUACCUCCUCAAAGAGUUUGCACCAGAAAUUACCCACUGCUAAAAGACCAAGAUCAUGGUUAAAAAAUACUAAGGAUAGAAAAAGGAAAAAUCUAAAAUCUCGAGAUAUUUCACUAGAUAAUCAGAUGGAGGUUAGUGAAAAGAAUCUAAUUCAGGAACAAGGGAAUGGAUUGGCCAAAAGUCUCUAGAGAGACAAGAAUACGGUGGU